CACAUUGUCAAUCUAGAUAUCGUCAAGUAAGUAUACACGAUAAGAAAAUUUCCAGAAUUUAUAUUACUCUAUUUCAAUGACUUGUACAUGUGGAACUUAAAUAUUUUAGGUCGUUAUAUAUAUUUUGUACGACAAAAAACAAACUAUACUAAACGAAUAUGUACAUGUGCGAUUCAAUAGCGUUCAUUCAUCUAAAUUUGUAUUUGUAAAAAAGUGAAUUGGUAAUUGUCUGCUCCAGACACUGCAAGAGUUUAAUUUUGCAGCGUUGGGAAUUUCUUAAAUAUUUACUGGCCGCUAUUCAGACAAUUUAGUUUAAUAAACAUGACCCAGAACUAACCUUUAAAAUUGUAGGCAUUUUUUGUUUUGGUUGUUAAUCGGUAUAUUCAAAACACUGCGGAGGCUUUUCUUCUCAAUAAAUUUCUUCCACGACUGGUUUCCAUUUUUUUGUUUUCGGUUUUAAUAAUAUAAAAUUGAGAGCAGUUCAAUAUCAUCGAAAGAGAAAGGAAAACAUAAAUUGUGUCCGCUUUUUCAUGAACUUGAAUUUACAAGAAAAAACUGGUUUUCUUUGUGCUUUUAUCUCAUUGAUUAGUAUUUGCGAUGGUUCGGAAAAUCGAGACGAUACUUUCUAAUUAUAUCAAUCUGGAUGAGAUGUAAACUACCAGCAUUUAUAGCUUUUGUGUGUUGUUUAGUCAGCGACCGCCAAAGCAAACAAGUCAAACCAGUGAUAAUAUACCACCUGUAACCGUUGCCUAGUCAGGUCUGGUCGGGCCAUUGCAUACCACACAUUUACUCUGCGUCGUCUGUAAGAUGUUACUAUUUACUACUACUACCACUACUGUUACUGUCAGUGUUUCAUUAUUAAUAUUAUGCUCUAUUGAAGAAACUCUCAAGGCACUCCCCUCCUAAUGCUCCUGCAGUGUCUUGCGCAUGUGUACAAGCUUCGAGACUCAGAAUUGGUUAAGACGGUUCAAUCCGAAACAGUUUCAUUUCAACAUUCGGCCGUGUCACGCGAAACUUUUACCAGCUUAAAACGACAACGCUUCGACAGUCUUUUAUUAUGGAUUUUGCAGAAACAUUCAAUCAUUCUUAAGAACAGAGAAAGGCAGUCGAACAACGCGAGACAUGAGAGUUCAUAAAAAUCGCACAAUAGUUUGAGUUUACUUGUGUUUGUUCGUCAGUGUGGUUGUCUACAAAACAAGAAACAAGACAAAAAGAAAACAAUUGGCCAAACCGCAUUCCAAAGCAACGACCUAAUGUUUCGUUUGUAUAUUUCUACAUACCUGUAUUCCAUUCCAAAGAUUUGCUUAUAGGAAAGAAUGAAAAACGUGGUAGUCAUUGCUCUGUAAAAUGCACUAAAACAUCAUAAAUAUUGUUUUCCUCGGUUGAACCAAUUACCGUGUAAGCAGUGCUCCUCGAAUCAAUGAAAUUUUGUGAACAUUCUUUCGCAUAACUUAGAAUUAAAGCUAUUCAAGUGUUUUUUUCUCACGCCUACAUACAUACCCAUAUACAUUGAGUGGUGAUCGAACCCAAUCGUUCAUUGAGUGAAGAUGCCUCAGACAAAUGGAUUGCCGUCAAUCGAACAAAAGCUAUUGAGCUUAAUAGCUGGACAGGACCUAGGUGACAUUACACAGGAAUUAUGUGACUUUUCUUUGGAAGAACAAAAUGCAACGGCUGAAGCCCAAGGCAUUCAGCCAACGGCUUCCUCCGAUUUUAUACCAGUGAUUGGGAAAACUGUUACAUAUAUUGUGGCCUGUGUUCUUUUCAAUGAGAAUAACGAAGUGCUGGCAAUGCAGGAAGCCAAACAAUCCUGUGCAGGGAAAUGGUAUCUACCAGCAGGUCGCAUGGAAAAGAAUGAGUCGAUUUGCGAGGCAGCUGUAAGGGAGGUGUUUGAGGAGACGGGGCUCAAUUGUAAAAUAACGACGCUUUUGGCAAUAGAAGCAGCAGGUGGAUCAUGGUUUCGAUUUGUAUUAACGGGAAUAGUUACAGGUGGCAUCUUGAAGACCCCCGCCCAAGCAGACAGUGAAUCGUUGCAAGCGAAAUGGAUACAAAAUAUACAAGAGCUGCCACUCAGAUCUAACGAUAUCCUGAACAUUAUUGAAAUAGGCAAGUCCUACAUCAACCGUCAUGAGUCUGCUCAACCUGUUUUGUGGCAUAGUGAAGUGCUGCCAUCUAAAUACUCACAUCACAAAAACUAUUUGCGUGUGGUGGCAGUGAUCAGAAAGCGCGCCACCAAUGCAUUAAACGUGCUGGUAAGCGAGAAAAAUGUCCAUCAUUUUCCCACGGUGGAAGUGCACCCCCAGCGCAGCCUACAUUCAACUUUGCGAAAGUUUAUGGUAGAACUUUUUGGAGCCGAACUUCCCCAGCAUCGUCCUCAUGGGAUACUAAGUGUAGAGCAUUGUCCUUCUCCUCCGCCACAUACCACUGACGGCAUUUGUUUGAACGUCCUAGUAGUGUUUAGGCCACCGCUCGAAGAAGUUUCAUUAAUCGGAAAAUGUACAUGGCAUGAGCUAAGUAAAACCUUAGAGGAGAAAAUCGGAAGAAUCCUAUGCAGCAAACACUCAACGAUUCCAUUGAACGUUAUACGAUAGACUACAGCGGCCAGCUAUAGCUUAAUUUGAUAAAAAAAAAAAAAACUUUAUGUAUAUAACCAAAUUUCUGUCUUAUUGCCCAAGUUAUAUUAUUGUUCGUGUUGACUCUCUACCCCACACACACGUAAUCAAAAAUUAAAUCCAAAGAUAUGUCUUGUCCCAAUUUAUACAAUAACAAGAACUAGUAGAAUGUACACCAUACUUUGUACUGCGUUGAUCUAAAUAUUUCCUUCCCUUUUCGAGCUUUAGAUGCAGGCAUUUUAAAUUGGUAACAAUUAUUUCGACUCUUUUAAAUUGAAAACAAUUCUCGCCUCCGUCUUUUGUUUCCACAACGUGUUUUUAUUAUUUGUAUAUCUAUGAUAAUGUAUUAUGUAUCUCUCGGAGUGUAUAAUUAAUUAAAAACAAUAAACUACAAACAAACGCAAAA